UUUAAAAUUUGUAUUUUAAUAUAACAUUUUAUUAGUUAAUAUUGUUGUAAUAUUUUAUAUAUGUGCUUAGUUAUUUACAAAACUUUUAUGAAUUUCAAUUAAUUAUGACAAAUAUAAGAACCAUAAGAUAAAAUAUAAAUAGUUUUGAAGUUAAGUUUGAAGUUUUGAUUUUGGAGAAUAACACUUUUAAACUUCAAAUAUAGAAUUUUGAAAAUUGAAAAUAGAGUGUCUUUUUGGAGAUUAUCUAAUCUCAAAAUUAAAACAAAUUAAUGGUUCCUGAUUUUGGUUUGGAAAGUGUAGAAAUAGCAACUCCAAAUGUUGACCUAAAGAAAAAGAAUAGUUCCAAGUAGGAAAACUCAUAAAAGUUGGUAUCUUUGGUAUAUAUUAUUGAGAUUUCAUGUUCCCCUGCAAUUGCUUUUCCCAGCAGUGCGUGCUUGAAAAAAGUUUGAGAUUUUCUAAAUUAUUAUUGGACAUUAAUAUAAGAAGAGAAAAAACCAGAUUUUAAUACUAAGUAUCUUUAGUCCAAAGACAUCAAUAAACCGAGGUUAAGAAAAACCUUUGUGUUCAAAGAAAACGAUUAUAGAAUGAAAGAAUUUUGACUUUAAAAUUACUACGAGUCUACGAGGCGUCUGUUCACGUAGCCUUCUCGGGGGAAUUUGCGGCGUGAAGUGCAAGUAAAAUCACAUAGAUGUGACUUAAGGGUCCAAUCCACCAAUUUUAUAACAUAUCAUACAUUCAUACUGAUCAUUAUCCCUGGUAUAGUAUAGUACUCUAAAUAUCAAAUACGUAUAGUAGUUAUUUGCAGUUAUGGAUCUAAAAGUAUUUUAUAUUAAGCGUAUUAAUUAAUUCAAAAUUAUUUAUUAUAAUAUAUUUAUAACUUAUAUCUAAAAUGUAUCUCUUUAUUUGUAUUAUAUCAACAAGUCUGUCUAAAACUGUUUAAAACAAGUAACUAUUAGUAAAGGUGCGGUAUUGGAUAGUGCUGAUGCCAAUGAACCAUUGGGUGUCCCACCAGCCAUGGAACUUGUCAUCUCAAAGUCUCCAUUACCAUUCACUUCUGCCUCUCAUGGUAGUUCCCUUACACAGCCUCAAGACCCGUUUGUAGCUGACGAAUCAACACUGAGGUCACGAGGCGGUAGGCCAUUAAAGCCAUCUCAAAGGCUUAAAGAGAUGGAAUGGUUUACUAUUGCAGGGAAAGGAAACAUAGGCCCAGGUAGAACUCAUCGCUAGGUUCACAACAAAGUCUUGUUAAGUGUUCCUACAUGCUACUAUGUUGCUUCCUUGUCUCUCGACUUUAAAACUGUUGCAUGAUGUUUUAUCUUUGAAUUCUAAGGUCCUUAAACCUUAUCUAUGUAUCUUUCUAACAUUUAAAUUGAAAACCUUUCAUCAAAAGAAAAAUUAAUAGUAAAAGCAAUAUUUAUAUUAUUUAACAUAUACUUACAUUUUUGUUACUAAUAUACAAAGUUUUUUAAGAUGAACAAAAGUAAGUUAAGCACAUAUAUAAAAUGGAAAAAUAAAUAAACAAAUGAUCUCUAUUCUAAAAAAAUAAUAAUUAACUAACUGAAAGAUACAGAAAAUUUAAAUUUAAAUCUAAAUUUCAAAUAUGUGUAGUAGAUUUAGUAGUUAAAUGUAACAUAGUCAUAUUUAUGAAACGAAGGAGUAUAAAUGCUUAUUAAGAAUAAAUGAAGAGCCAAAUAAGACAUGUAAAACCAUUUUUACAAACACAGUUAAAUAAAAGUAUUAAAAAUAAAUGUUAACUUUCAUCUAUCUUUUCAUGCAAAAAAAAUCUCAGUUCUAUUCCAUAUUUUAUUCUAAAAUAGUAUAAAAAAUAGAAUAUAAACAAAAAAUAAAAAUAUUAUUUUAUUUAUGGAAUAGUCUCAUUCUUACUCCAAAAUUCGUAAUAUGUUAACAUUUUUGGUGGACUGGAUGGUUUACUAACUUAAAUCAUCUGCUAUAAAACACGUUUGAAUUUAAAUUCCACAACGCUCUAUAUUCAGCAGAAAAAUAUAUUUUAGUUAAAUACCUCUGCGUCUCGGUCAAACCUUUGGAAUUAUGUAGUCCACCUAUAUACAUGUGCAUGUUACAGGCCAAAUGUUCAUUACAUAAUUUACAAUGUGACCAGUUUUCCUCUUCUUUUGAGUUUUGAAUAAUCAAUUUUAUACUACAUGUUUUCAUAAUUUUCCUCUCUUUCUUUUAUGCCAUCAAAUAUUCUUCUCCACGCUACUCUUCUCUAACUUACUUGCUUGACUUCGUAGUCUAUAAGAAGCUGCUUAGAAAUAGCCUUCGGUUUAACUCAGUACACUGUACACGUAUAACUUCCACCACUAUUUCCCAAUGGAAUUUAAUAAUACAGCAGAAACCAAUGCGAAACUAUUGAAAUACGACUACUUAUGUAUGUUAUCGUAUUUCACAUUCGAAAUAUUAUGUUUUUAAAAAUACUAGAUGUUUAUUGUUUUAUACAAUACAGGUUGAUCCUAGCAAAAUUACUGAAAUAUGACAACUUUGGUUCACUUUACAAAAAUCACAUUUUGAAAAUAUAAACAGCUGUAUUUCAAGAAAAAAUAUAUAUAUAUAUAAACAGCUACGUAUUUUGUUUUGGGUGGAGAAUCUUCCUUGAUUUUGCUUGUUCUUUUUCGAUUGUUUCAUCAAAUCCGAACUCUUUUUCUUUGGGUAGGGGGGACCCCAUAUCAACUUUAUUUGGUCUCCUCAGGGUUUUCAUAUAACCUAGCUCCUCUUUAUAAACCACAUACUCGUGCAUCAAUUAGUACAAACACCACAAAGGCUGUAAACGAUCAAUAUUAUUACCAGAAGAAGAAAAAAAACUGUAAGAAAGAAGUGAUCAGAAUCAAAACAACAAAUGGGUUCUCUGAUUAAGAGUGGCGGUGUAAGCGGUGCGAUUUUGUCGCGGAUAGCGACCAACGACCAACACGGAGAAAACUCAGAGUAUUUUGAUGGAUGGAAAGCUUAUGACAAAGAUCCUUUUCAUCUUUCUCGUAAUCCCCACGGGAUUAUCCAAAUGGGUCUUGCAGAGAAUCAGCUUUGUUUAGACUUGAUCAAAGAUUGGAUCAAAGAGAACCCAAAAGCUUCUGUUUGCACCCCUGAGGGUGUUUAUCAAUUUAGCGACAUCGCUAACUUCCAAGACUAUCAUGGCCUUAAUGAGUUUAGACAGGCAAUUGCAAAUUUCAUGGGAAAAGCUAGAGGUGGAAGAGUAACGUUUGAUCCGGAGAGGAUAGUGAUGAGUGGCGGUGCUACCGGAGCCAAUGAAACAAUUAUGUUUUGCCUCGCCGAUCCCGGCGAUGUUUUUCUUGUUCCCUCUCCUUAUUAUGCCGCAUUUGAUAGAGACUUGAGGUGGCGUACAGGUGUCGAGAUAGUUCCGGUUCACUGUUCCAGCUCCAACAACUUCAAAUUAACCGUCGAGGCCGUGGAAUGGGCCUACAAAAAAGCUGUACAGUCCAACAAGAACGUCAAAGGCCUACUCUUCACCAACCCAUCAAAUCCGCUCGGUACAAUCUUAGACAAGGAUACACUUAAGAACUUAGUCCGUUUCGUCACGAGGAAUAACAUUCACCUUGUCGUGGACGAGAUCUAUGCUGCCACCGUCUUCGCUGGAGAAAAUUUUGCAAGCGUCGCCGAGGUGGUCAAAGACUUAGAUAGCUCUGAAGUCAACGUUGACUUGAUUCACAUUGUCUAUAGUCUCUCCAAAGACAUGGGACUUCCCGGUUUUAGAGUUGGUAUAGUCUAUUCUUACAACGACUCGGUUGUGUCAUGCGCAAGAAAAAUGUCGAGUUUCGGACUAGUUUCGUCUCAGACACAGUUCAUGCUUGCUUCGAUGUUGUCGGAUGAUAGUUUCGUGGAUAAUUUCCUUAUGGAAAGUUCAAAAAGAUUAGGGAUAAGGCAUGGUGUUUUUACCCUAGGGCUCAAGAAAGCAGAUAUUAAUUGCUUGAUAAGCACUGCAGGUUUAUUCGUGUGGAUGGAUCUGAGACAUCUACUAAGAGUUCGUAACUCGUUUGAAUCCGAGAUCGAGCUUUGGCAUAUAAUCAUCGACAAAGUGAAGCUCAAUGUUUCGCCCGGCUCUUCCUUCCAGUGCACGGAACCUGGUUGGUUUAGGGUUUGCUUUGCCAACAUGGAUGAUGAUACUCUCCAUGUGGCGCUUCGACGGAUCCAAGAUUUCGUGUCCAAGAAUAGCAACAAGACCGCUGAGAAAGCAUCGGAUAAUGAUCAGUUAAUUCAGAGCAACAAUGCUAAGAAGCAGAAAUGGAAGCAGAGUAAUCUCCGACUAAGUUUCCGACGACUUUACGAGGAUGGACUCUCUUCGCCGGGGAUAAUGUCACCACAUUCACCUCUUCUCCGAACAUAAAACCAUAAUUGGAUGAACUCGUCACCCCAAGUGUUAAUUGAUCUUUAAUUAGUAAGUCGUUAAGCUUAUGUUUUUUUUAUUGUAAGAUUUGCAUCAUUCAACUUCAACACUAGGGUUGAUUAUGACUACAAGCUUUUUUUCUGGGUCAAAUUGUAACUUUUAAGAUUUGUGUGCUUAGUUUCUUGCUGUUAUUUUUUUCUCACUCAGGAUUUGAUCCAUGGAUUAUCCUAGUGGUGCUGGUGUGUAGUAUUUGUCCUUUUGGAAAGGUUUUCUUUAAUUGUUGUGUGUAAUAAAUGAAAUAUUAUACUUAUCUAUAAUUGGGAUACUA